UUAAAGUAUUUUUUCCUAUCUAUAGAAAAAGUUAUGACAGUUGUCAAUUUGUUUUUUAUUAUUUCAAAUAGUUUAGAAUUAUAGAAUAAAAGUUAAUCAUUUUAUCUUAUUUUAAUCAAAAUGAAUGAUGAAAGUAUAAAUGUCGUGACUGAUAUUUAUUUGUACUAAUAAAAAAUUUAGCUUGCUGUAAAUAUAUGUUUAUUGUAAGGAAACAAUUUUCAUAUAAGUAUUAUUCAUGCCUUUUUGUCUAAAGCCCAAUCAAACUUCUACAAUGGAAGAAUAUUCUGUGGUAUCAGAUGUCUCGGUAGUAGAUGUCUAUGAUAUUGCCUCAGAAAUAGGAAAGGAAUGUGAAAAACUUAUAGAUCUUUUUGGUGUUGAGUCUGUAACAAAUCUUAUGCCAAAAGUUAUUAAUGCUUUAGAAUUGCUCGAAAAUCUUGCAAUUAAAAAUGAAAGAGAAAAUACUACAGUUCAAGAAUUAAGGGCUAAAAUUAUACAACUUGAAAGUGAUAAAAUUGGAAAAGCUGAGGAUAGACAAAGAUUUGAAAAAGAGUUGGAGCAGAUCGAAGAACAUUGGAGACAAGAAUCUCGAGAUUUAGUUGGCAUGGUAACUAGAUUACAAGAAGAGAAUAGACGAUUGGCAGAAGCUUUACGAGAAUCACAAAGUGAUAGUCAGUACAGCGGUAAACAAACUUUUACAGCUAGUCAAGAAGUGGAUGUUUCAGUUUUACAACAUUUAAGAUCUAUGAUAGAUAAGCAACGUGAUCAAAUUAGAGCAAGGGAUCGAGAACUUACACAAAAGAAUUUAGAAAUAGAAAAUCUAACAUCACAAGUUGAAAAACUUGGAGUUGUUGGAAGAGAAUUAAAACGUAAGCAACGCCAAGCACAAAUGCAAGCACGUGGUCUUGUAGAGGAAAGAGCAGACUUCUUAGCACAACUGCAAGAUCAAAAUCGAGAAUUAAUACAACUGAGAGGUAGACUUGGACUAGCCAAAAAAGAAAAUGAGGAUUUAUCUAAAUCACAAGGGUGUCCUGAUCUGACAAAUAAAGCUGUAUAUGAUCUGGAUGAUCCAGAUAGACCCAGAUUUACUACUGCUGAACUAAAAGAAAUCUUGCAUGAAAGAAAUGAAUUAAAAGCAAGAGUUUCAGAUUUGGAAGAUGAAUUAGAAUAUUAUCGACCAAAACCAGAAAUACCUAUAGAUGACAAAGAUGCACCUGUACAAGGUCCUCUUCCUUAUGAACCAGAUGAUGCACCUUGGAAAAAAUCAUCUGAGUCUGGUAUUCGUAAAUUUUUCCGAAAAAUUUUCUCGGAAUCCAGCAGCAGCUUUUUAGGCGGCAGUAGUCCUCGACGAAGUCUUUCCAGUCUUUCAAAAAUGGCACUAUCCAGUAACAGCACUUGCGAUGAAUCUAUGUAAUGUAUUUUUCAGUUGUUUGGUAUGAAAACAACUAUAUAACAAAUUUUCAAAAAAUUUCCUCAUACAUAACGUUAAAAAAAUCAUUUAUAAAUCUAGAGAUUUCUUUAACAUCAUAAUAUGAUACUGAUUUAAUCAUUUAUUAGAACAAAAACGAUAGAUAAUGUAAUCAUUUAGAACUUAGUUUUUUGAUAGACACAUACAUAUAAGUAUGCAAAAAUAAUGAAAAUAAUUACAGCUCUCAGAAUAAUUGAAUAACAUGGUAAUUUGAUACUUAGCGAUACGUAACAAGAAUAAGCUUUCACAAUCGAAACGUAUUGAAUUUUCUCUCUCUAAAACUAUCAUAUUACAUUGAUCUAUUUAUUAUACAACCAGACUGUAGUAAUUAUUUUUCUGUGACUCGAUAUCCAAAGGUCAACAAUAUUUAAUAAGAAUUGAUCACAAUGAGAAACGAAUUUCAUCGUAUAUAAUAUCAUUUACUUCAUAUAUACUAUUUAUAAUUUGCUUCCAAAGUUUAUCUCUUUAAAAUUUUUUAAAUAUAUAUAUUUUUUUACACAUGAAGAUAUUUUAAACUGCGAAUUAUAAACAUGCCAAGUAAAAACUAUAUUAUUCAUAUUCAGUAAAUUUUAUUUAUCUUUUUAUAUAUAGGUGAGAGACAUAUUAACUGUUAUCAAAAAUUUGGUAGAGAUAUUCAAUUUGCAUAAAAAAAUUCACUUUUUGAAUAUGACGCAAGGGAUGCAAAAGAAUCUUUCCAUUACAUAUCUAUAAUUAGCACCUAUAUUAUUACUAGAAAAUUACAAAAAUGACAACACUUUUGUGCCAUUACAUGUUAAUCUAGCAAUGUUAUACACAACGUGUGUUAGAUAUACACACGCAGCUCACUUUACACUUUGUAAAUAUGCACGGAACUGUGAUUAUUUUAUAAUCGCAUGUUUAUUAUUAUUACUAUUAUUUAUAAAAAAAUUUCUAAAACAAAUAGAUUAUACAAUAGUAUAAUAACGAAGUAAUUGGUAUUGCAUAUAUAUAUAUAUAUAUAUAUAUUUAUAUAUAUAUAUCCAGAAGUAUUUUAAUAUAUAUAUAUAUAUAAUCGUAGUUACAGUACUGUCUGUAUAUUGAAUAAAUAUGAUGAAAAACCUGUGUAUAACAUUUUUUGAAAAGUAUAGUAUUUAAUAUAUCUGGUAUAUACAUACAUACAACAUGCAAACUAAACAUGCGAUUGAAUGUAAUUUACUCUUUAGUAAUUUAUACAAUACUCUUAUGGCAUUUGUUAAUAUGUAUAAAGUAGAUAGUAAUUAUAAUGCUUAUGUUUUAAAAUAUAUAUACUGACUUUGAAAGAGCCAAAAGAUUAUUGAUUAAUUGAUUAGGUAUAUUAUUAUGUUAUAAAUAGAUAUUAAUAAUCAUUGUCCAUUUAUAUAAAAUUCAUGGUUCCUUAUAGUAUCAAAAUUAGUAUUCAUUGUUCUCAAAUAAUCACAAAAAUGAAAUUUUAUAGAUUUCAAGUAUUAUUGUGUUAUUUGCAUUUAAUCUAGCAGAUGCAAAAAAUAAUGUCUAUUAUUGGCGAGAUAAAUUGUUUAUAUAUAUAUAUAUAUAUAUAUAUAAACAUAUAUAUACAUACAUGUAUUCCAUAUUAAUUGGUUAUUAUACAAAAAUAUCAAAAAAAAGAAAACAAAAUGAAAAGAUUAAUUGAAUAAUUUAAAAAUAAUAUUUUUAUUGCAUUUUUGUCCUAAUUAUAAGAAUUUUGCUGUCAGAUUUUAAUACUUUAAACAAUAACUUCUUAUGAUUUUUUUAACUACAUCGUUUUGAUAAACGAGAUAUAUACAACAAGUAAAAUAUUUAUUAAUAAGUUCUAUAUAUUAUUUGUUAAUUUUAAGUAUGAAAUAUGCAUCAUAUAAUUUGAAUUAUAACCAGUAAAAAACUUAUGUUAUUAUAGAAAGUUCUCUCAUUAUUAAAAAAAAUAUAUAUAUAUCUAAUGUAUUCUUUCUUAAAUAAAAAUAAUGAUUUUACAAUAAA